UUUUUUCUUCUUGUAUCGUCAAAUCAACGAAUCACAUCACUCUGGCUCUUUUGUUUUAUCUUCAAAAUCCUGCAUAAAAAACACUGGUGUGUGAGAGAAGAAAGUGUGAAAUUUUUCUACGACAAUCGAAAAUGAUAACUGCUAGUAGUUCGUAUUUUAAUGGCGAUGAUCAACUUACUUCGCGGCCAGUGAUGGUUCUUCCGGGUCGGCUUGAACGCCUUUUGGAUAGAAUAUACAGCCAACACAAAUGUUCUCCGAUAAAUGAUGAGUCGAGGCAGAGACUGUCCUCGAUUCCAGAGGACUUAGCUUUUGAAUUGCUCAGGAAAGCUUUUAACUCGCCGGUGAUGUACAACCUCGACGGGUUCAUCGUCUCCAAGUUUAACCAGGCCGUCUCUGUUACUGGCUCUCCGCGGCUGAGCUCCGGUGGGUCUCCGGCGAAGUCUCCUCCUAGUUCAUCUCGAAAACACGGCUCUAGAGUUCAUCAAGAAGAGAUGUCACUUGAUUUUGAAGCUCCUUCUCCUGAGUCUUUGAGAAGAGGAGACAUUGGAGGAUCUCCGCACAUUCCUCCUCAGAUCUUAGCUUUGAGUGAACUCGAGUUUAAGAAGGCGUUUCUGUUGCUUAGCUAUUUUCCAGGGCAAUCUCUGGCUGAGGUUUUAUCCGCUGAUGAGAUCAGGCAAUGGAAAGAUCUGCCUAUGGUUGCAUAUGAAGCUGCGGUUUGGGACCGCUUAAGCCGGCUUGAACUUUCCCAAACAGUCGAAAGAGUGUCGCUUGAAUGGGAUAGCGAGAAGACUCACUACUAUCAGUGUCAUGUUGCUUCCGACGGUAGUUACACAUUCAAGGGCCCUCUUCUUGAACCCACUGGAACACACCUGCACAAGGUCUUGGGUGAUGAAAAUGUUUUAACGGUCAAAUUUGCGGAUGUCCAGAAAAACUCGUCAACCUACAGUAAUGACCGUUACUCUGCAUACAAAAGGAUUGCCAAGAAUGGUAUCAUGGUUGGUUUACGUCGUUAUCAGUUUUUUGUUUUCAAAGAUGUAGGGAAAGCAGAAAAGAAGAAAGAUUUUUCUACGAAUGGAGUGAAAUGCUACUUUAUACGCACGGACUCCACUGCUGCGAAUGAUAUGGGAAAGGCCUAUAUAUUUUCUGGGAAGACGAUCAAUGAGGCUCGUAUGCAUUUUAUGCACGUGCAUACAUUGCCAUCUUUGGCCAAAUAUAUGGCAAGGUUUUCUUUGAUUCUGUCAAAGACUAAGAAGCUUGAAGUCGACAUGACUGGGAUUACCUACCAGGAGAUCAAGGAGAUACAUUGCCAUGAUCAAAAUAAUAAUGUAGUUCUUGAUAAGAAUAAGGAACCUCGUAUGCAUUCAGAUGGAACUGGCUACAUCUCUGAGGACCUUGCUCGGAUGUGUCCAGUGAAUAUAUUUAAAGGGAAAUGUCUCAGUAAAAAAAAUAUUCAGGAAUCCUGUGGCCAAGACCCGCCUCUUCUGAUCCAGUUUCGAAUGUUUUAUGAUGGCAAUGCUGUUAAGGGAACUUUUCUCUUAAACAAGAAACUUCCUGAUCGGACUGUCCAGGUUAGACCUUCUAUGAUCAAGGUGUCUAAAGAUCGAGCCUUGUCAAAUUUUAGCACCUUUAACUCCCUGGAGGUUGUCACUACAAGUAAUCCACCAAAAAGAACAAAGCUAUCAAGAAAUUUGGUUGCGCUGCUUAGCUAUGGUGGAGUCCCGAAUGAAUUCUUUUUGGAUUUAUUGCUCAAUACGAUGGAAGAGACGAAAACCAUAUUCAACAACAAACGUGCUGCUCUUAAAGCUGCCCUAAAUCAUGGGGAUAUGGACGACCAGAACGCUGCACAAAUGAUAUUGGUUGGUAUCCCACUUGACGAACCACACUUGAAGGAUCGUCUGUCUAUUCUUUCAAACAUAGAGAAGAAUGAUCUCAAAGCAGGAAGGCUUCCUGUGACCGAAUCAUACUAUCUAAUGGGCACUGUUGAUCCCACCGGAGAGCUAAAGGAAGAUGAAGUCUGUGUCAUCCUUGAGUCUGGCCAAAUUUCAGGGGAUGUGCUAGUUUACAGGAAUCCUGGAGUACAUUUUGGAGACAUACAUGUACUUAAGGCUACAUAUGUUAAGGCCUUGGAAGAGUAUGUCGGAAACUCCAAAUAUGCUGUGUUCUUCCCUCAGAAAGGUCCAAGAUCUUUGGGAGAUGAGAUUGCAGGUGGUGACUUUGAUGGUGAUAUGUAUUUCAUAUCCAGAAACCCAGAGCUACUUGAACAAUUCAAGCCAAGUGAACCGUGGGUGAGUUUGUCUCCUCCUAGUAAAAGUAACUCUACUAGAAAACCAAUCGACUUUUCACCAGAAGAGUUGGAAGAAGAGCUCUUCGAUAUGUUCUUGAAGGCAAGAUUUCAUUCCAGCAAUGUUAUAGGGAUGGCUGCGGAUAGCUGGUUAACAAUAAUGGACCGUUUCCUCACACUAGGAGAUGAGAGAGCUGAGGAAAAAGCUGAGAUGAAGAGGAAAAUGUUAAGUCUGAUAGAUAUAUACUAUGAUGCUCUUGAUGCAGCGAAGAAAGGAGUCAAGGUCUCUCUCCCAGACGCGCUGAAGCCUGACAUUUUUCCACAUUACAUGGAGCGGGAUAAAAAAUUCAAGUCCACUUCCAUUCUUGGAAUAAUCUAUGACUUUGUUCAAUCGCAGACAGCAGAGGAACACACACCAUCAUCUGAGAUCAGUAAACUCCAAUGUUUUGAAGAUGAGCCGGUCUCUGAGUUUCACAAGGAGAAAUGUAGACCAUGGUAUGAUAAUUACAGGGCUGAGAUGAUCCAGGCGCUGAGUAAUAAGGAUGAUACAGCCAGUGAAGUUAUUGAGAAAUACAAGCAGGAGUUCUAUGGUGCUGCAGGGUUUGAAGACAGCAAGAAAAGUCUGGAAGAACUUUACCCGCAAGCCUUGGCACUUUACAACAUCGUUUACGAUUAUGCAAUCGAAAUGAAAAGCGUUCGAAAAUGCGGGUUUGCUUGGAAGGUUGCAGGACCGGUCCUGUGCAGGUUCUACCUUAAGAAAACUGGAGGAAAAGCUUUACUGUGUUCACUCUCUAUGCUGAAAGAGCUGUGGGGUUGAGCACAAUUGACUUGUUCCUGCCCUGUUCUGGUAAUAAGACUAAGCCUUUUGUUGUCUUCUUCAUGUAUCAUAACAAGCGUGUGAGGCAAGUAUGCUACCUAAGUUGCAAACCUUAUAGGUUACGGUAUCCAAUCAAGAUGUGGUGUGGUGCUUUUAUUUAGUUCUAUCUAAUCUACAAGUAGUCUUGUAGUGUAUGUUAAUUUUGUGUGUAUUGCUCCAAAGACAAAACAAGUUAUGUUAAAUAAAUG